UAUUCACUGGAAAAACUACAGUACAAAUAGCCCAUUUACGAUGUUAGAAUUGAAAGUAUUGUUAAUUUUUAAUUAAAAAAUAUCACAAUUCCAUUUGCCGUCCAUAUUAGAUGAAUUGCCAAACCGAACUAAACGGUUUAUAUUUUGCUAUUGGUAUAUUCCUCGUUCUGCAGCGCCUCCCUCGUUCUGUGGAAGGCAGACAAACACUGAGAUAGGAGAUUUGGAGUGGCUGCUAACGGCUCUCGUGUGAAGAGAAGAAAGGACACAUUCACUGACGGGACAGUCUGAGCAAGUGAUUAGAGCCGUGCUGCAGAUCCCACUGACAAUACCUGAAGACUGCCUUAUCUUGGUGAAAAACAAGGAACAAAGAUGGAUUAUUUUUACAUUAAACAGGAGGAGGUUCUGGAAUUUGAUCCUUUCCACAUUAAAGAAGAAACUGAACUGGAGCCUGUCCACAUUAAAGAGGAAGAGACUGAACUGGAGCCUGUCCACAUGAAAAAAGAGACUGAACUGGAGCCUGUCCACAUUAAAGAGGAAGAGACUGAACUGGAGCCUGUCCACAUUAAAGAAGAAGAGACUGAACUGGAGCCUGUCCACAUUAAAGAAGGGGAGUCUAUUGACUUGUUGCUUAAGGAUUCAGAAAGCAUAUCCCGGCCAAAGAUGUUUUAUCAAUGUACUGAAUGUGGGAAAAGCUUAAGUCGGUUAGGACACCUAAAAAGACACCAGCGAAUUCAUACUGGAGAGAAGCCGCAUCACUGUAUUGUAUGUGGGAAGAGUUUCACUCAGUCAGGAUCCCUGAAAAGACAUCAGAAAAUUCACACUAGAGAGACACCGUAUCACUGUUCUGAAUGUGGAGAGAGCUUCGGUCAUAUAGAAAUCCUAAAAAUACACCAACGAUUGCACACUGGACUGCCUUAUCUUGGCGAAAACCAAGGAACAAAGAUGGAUUCUGUUUACGUUAAACAGGAGGUGGUUUUGGAAAUGGAUCCUUUCUGCAUUAAGGAAGAAACUGAACUGGAGCCUGUCCACAUUAAAGAAGAAGAGACUGAACUGGAGCCUGUCCUCAUUAAAAAAGGGGAUUCUGUUGACUUGUUGCUUAAGGAUUCAGAAAGCAUAUCCCGGCCAAAGAUAUCAUAUCAAUGUACUGAAUGUGGGAAAAGCUUAAGUCGGUUAGGACACCUAAAAAGACACCAACGAAUUCAUACUGGAGAGAAGCCAUAUCACUGUAUUGUAUGUGGGGAGAGUUUCAGUCAGGCAGGAACCCUAAAAAGACACCAGCAAAUUCACACUGGAGAGAAGCCGUAUCGCUGUACUGAAUGUGGGGAGAGCUUCAGUCGGUUAGGAAGUCUAAAAAGACACCAGCGAAUUCACACUGGAGAGAAGCCGCAUCACUGUUCUGAAUGUGGGAAGCGUUUCAGUCAUAUAGAAAGCCUAAAAAUACACCAGCGAAUGCACACUGGUGAGAAGCCGUAUCUCUGUUCUGAAUGUGGGGAGAGUUUCAGUGUGUUAGCAAACCUAAACAUACACCAGCGAAUUCACACUGGUGAGAAGCCGUAUCUCUGUUCUAAAUGUGGGAAGAGUUUCAGUCAGCUAGGAAGCCUAAAAUUACACCAGCGAAUGCACUCUGGAGAGAAGCCGUAUCACUGUACUGAAUGUGGGGAGAGUUUCAGUGUGUCCGCAAACCUAAACAUACACCGGCGAAUUCACACUGGAGAGAAGCCAUAUCACUGUAUUGAAUGUGGAAAGAGUUUCAGUCAGCUAGGAAGCCUAAAAAUACACCAGCGAAUGCACUCUGGAGAGAAGCCGUAUCACUGUUCUGAAUGUGGGGAGAGUUUCACUGUGUCAGCAAACCUAAACAUACACCGGCGAAUUCACACUGGAGAGAAGCCGUAUCACUGUAAUGAAUGUAGGAAGAGCUUCAGUCAAUUAGGAAGCUUAAAAACACACCAGCGAAUUCACAAUGGAGAAUAGCCAUAUCACUGUUCUGAAUGUAGGGAGCUUCAGUCAGUUAGGAAGCCUAAAAACACACCAGCAAAUUCAUAUUGGUGAGAAGUCGUAUCACUACCAAUUGUUGCAAGACAUUUGCUUUCACCAGUCAGCUGAAAAAGUGUAAAUGCCAGUUUUGAAAAUGCAGUUGAAACUGAUAGAAAUCAAUAUUCAGCAGUAUUACAGUGGUCUUUGUUUUCGGUCCUUCCAGUCCAGGUCUUUGUUUCAACCAGAUUGUAAAUGAAUGAAUCAACCUUCUUAUAAAUCAUUCAGGACCUCAUUUGAAGUGAGGGCCACUGCUCUAUACCAAUCAAACCUGUGUGAUGCUCCAGUGAUAAUUUAUUUUAAAGAAACCUGUUUCUGUGCCAACCUAAGUGGAUGUAAUCAUGCUUUAGUAUACAUGAGAGGAUGAGUGUGAGCCAAAGCAGCUGUCAAAUGUGUGCUUGUAUUUUGAUCCUCAAAUUUAUUUGAUAAAAGUAUAUUGAUUUUCUUAACAGUGAAAAAUAGUAAACUGUGUAAUUGUGUUCUUUCAAUAAAAUAAUCUUGUUCUCUUGA